AUGGGUUUGGCCAACAAUGUCAGCACAAUAGACAGGAUAGUUUCUUGUUUUAACAAUACAACAUUCCUUGUGAAGGUUUUUUUGCUAAACCUGAAGCCAGGAAAGUUUAUGACCCGAUGUGUCACACGACAUGCCGACUUCAUGAAUAUCACCUGUCCUAGUCGUCAAGUGAUGUUAGCCCCAGAAAUCAUUGCUGGAUAUUCUGAAAGAAAGACUUGCGUGUUCAACGAGCAAGACUGUCUCGGAAUGACUCCAUCAUUGGAAAAAGAGGGCAAAGCAUGCUCAAAGCAGGAAACGUGUAGAAUCAAUUUAAGACGCAUUCUGGAGACACUUAAUCCAUUACCAGGACAGAAGGAAAUGUGCAAGGGAAAACCUCUCACAUAUGUUUCCAUCAUACUGCCUAAAUGUGUUCCUAAAUAUGCCUUUCAUGCAAUGUGUUCUGGGACCAACGCAUUACCAAUUUACUCCAGAAGUGGGGUUAUCGAUAGUUCUUACAUCCAGAAACGUAACACACAAUGCAUGAGGCGUUUUGGGAGUUCCGCUGACGUCAUCAGGUUAACACUCACUUUCGUGCACCUCCAAGUGGGAGCUAAAAACCGACCGAAAAUUGUAUGGACAACUGAAAACGGAAGAUUAAGAAAGAGAAUAUUUGAAGACUCAUCGACGUUUUCCGAAACUGGGUCGAAAUUUAAGAUACAAUGGAGUCCAAGAAACGCUGGAUCGACCAAAGAAGGAUUUGUUAUUUCUUACAAAGUGGAACUUAUCAAAACAAAGAGGUUCCGUCUAGCAAGUAACAAAUUUUGGCAGAUUCGAAAACCUGCUGUUGUGCAAGCGACACUGGGUAAUGCUAUGGCAUAUAACAAACCAAACACCUAUACGAUGACCUGUCCUCCUGGUAAAGUUAUUUACUCCCCGGAUAUAAACGUCACCAGUAGCAGAUUCCCCGGAUGUACGGGACUUUCUCCGUACCUUAUUGUGCAGCGAAACGAAUGUUACUGGCGCAGAAAUUGUACAGUGAAUUGGAAUGGACCAGCCCUUAUAACAAUGACGUCAUCUCAACGCUGUUUUGGUCGCAGUGGUGAUAAUUUGGAAAUCGGAGACUACAAAUGUGUAAAGGAAGGUAAUAUUGUAAAUAUUUGUGACACCGUGUCAUCAAAAUUAAAAUCAUCGGGUAUGAUUCGUAGUCAUUCCCAGUAUCCAUGGCACUAUCCAAGACAGAACAGAAAAUGUCGACUACGGAUUAAAAUAACGAAAGGUACACUACUGAGACUUCGAGUAGACGACGUGGAUAUUGACGAGGAAGCAGAUACUUUUAUCAUCAAACACAUCAGGAGAGGGCGGAAAGUGACCGUCAUAUCGAACGGUAAUGGUAGAAACAUACUCAAAACUUUACAAGGAGGGAGAGUGGAUAUUACUAUGUCAGUCAAACGACAUACCAAAUCCGGCACUGGAUUCAUACUACACUAUAAACGUAUUUCAAAAAGUAGGAAGAAAGCCAGAAGAGGAUUAAAAUAUAAACGACGUUCUCAAGGAACAAGUUUAAUACGGGUCUGAUCAGAAGAAUUGAAAUGUACAGUUGUAACGCCAACCAAAGCAUUUUCUCUUGGAUUGAAAUGUUACAUUCCUAAAUGAAAUGGCAUUCAUAAUGACAUAAAUGUAAAUAGAUUCGUUUAGUUUGAACAUGUCUUUUCAGUUUGCUCUAUGCUAAGGUAUAUAUAUAUAUAAAUAAUUUAUUGGUUUGCAUCUCCUGCACACAGUUUUAUGGAAAAGAUAUAUUGUCAAUUAUAAGUACACAAUAGGAAACAAAAAUACACAAAAUACUCUGCCGAGAUUAUCUAAUAAAUCACUUAACUUUCACAUUAUGUUUUGAUGUGUAUAUUAGUUCACCAUGUUUGGUAAGCAAACAAACUUCAACCGAACUUCAUUAUCUCGAAGUCUUUGGGACCGUGGUAGAACCUCGAGUUUUCCGAGUAUUCGAUUUAAGUGAGUUCGAAUGUUUAGUGUGGAAUUUGACCUGGACCAACAGAAUACAUGCACUUUGAAUGAAACGAGUUUUAGAGUUAAAUGAGUUCGAGAUAACUGUUCUACUGUAUGUGGUCAUUUACAGUGACACUGCAGACAUAUGAGUAACAUAUUUCUGCUUCUGACAGAAAGAAAUGUAUCAUAAUCAGAUUACUGUAAAAUAUUAUAUUACAAACCAUAUCUGCAUGUAAAAGUACUGGUUUGUUUGUUAAUUGAAUGAUAUGGUAUUGAUUUACUUUAAUGCUUCAAAUUAACAACAGUUUCGAUGAUCGCACGUUUUUGUUUCUAUUAGUGUGCUGUUACAGUAGUUUCUGUAUAUCAAAGCAGACACAAGUUUUGGAUUCAAAAUAUACAUUAUUGAAUGCACGUAACAGAAUUGUAAAUGAACUUGAAUCUGCACAACUUGUCGUAAGCAGCUUCAUAACAAUGGCAUAUAUCGAAGUGUGUGUGGGUAGGUGGAAGGGUGGGUUGGUGUGUGUGUUUUUCGUUUUAUAUAUACGAUUCUUUCAUUAAGUUAUGUACUCCAAAAGUGAAUUCAUACUAUGGUAAUCACUUAAUUCAUUUACUCAUACGAAAAUGUGAAUUUAGAAUUACCGUGAAGUGGCAUUUCUUUUGAAAAUUAAUAUAGUGCAUGGUACAACAUGAAAACGUCUGUAGCUUUAUUAGUAUUAUUUUUUAACGCUUUCUGUUGUUUGAAAUAUGUAAAUAUGUUCUAAAGAUUUGAUAUGCACUGAGGUUUUUUACCUGUAUUAAAAAAUAUAGGAUGAAAAUAUAGGUAAAUAAUAUUCGCCCGUAUUUAUAAAAAUCUUUGU